CCCGGAUGUAGCUAAAGAUAUCAGUUCCGGAUCAUGUAUCACAUGUCACUCCAGUGAAUUUCAAACUAGCGGUUAAUAUUGAACAUAACUAUGUGAGAAGCUGUCAGGCGAGUGCAUUUUGUUUUAAAUGCACCGACAGGCUUUAGCAUUUGCAGUAUGUAGCAUAUGUGCCGUUAUCUAGCUAAAGUAUGCUAUCAAUCAACGCUUAACAGACGGAGGAUAAAGUCACCUCACUGAGCUUGUAUUUUUGUGUUCAACAGAAACACUUAACGCUGUGUUUUUGCUUUGAAAUGUUAAGCUAUAGCUAACAUUUUAACGCAAAUAGCAUUUAAGGUUUAUUCAUGGAAAUGUCCGAUUUUUACUCGUGAGGAUUCAUUAGUCUUGACAAUCUUUGGAUUUGCUUCUCAUCAUGUUAUUUUACCGUGUCAGAAACGUCCUAUCAAGGCGCCUAUGCGUAUUAAAAACACAGUGCAGAAUAAUACUUGUUCUGCAACACACCAAGAGACACUACAGUACAUCAUCGAGUGAGGAUUUGGAUAAGGUCAGGACUUUGCUGCAGCUUUGUGUGGACAGAUACUUUGUUUUACCUGGCCAGACUAACACAGAGCUGUUUCAGCUUGGGAUGAGCUGCAGUUAUGGACCUCUGGGCAUGGAGCUGAGGAGAAACCUGCUGGAUCAGUGGUGGCACUCUGUGACCAGGUCCACAGCUCAGGUGUUUGGGAUAAACACUCUGAGCAGCAGCAAGGACACAGCAACAGGUGGACGGGGGCAACUGAGGAUUGUUGAGACUGAAAAUGUAAAACGCCUACUUGAACAGCAAGAACUGAGCAAGGAGCAGCUCAUCCAGAACAUACAGUCGCUCAUUCAGAGGUCCACAUCUCUGAGAACAAACUUUCUUCAAGGUGCCUUGGAGCAAUUUGUCCCCUCGUUGGAGCUGGUGAACAGGAAGCUGCCCUUCGGCCUGGCUGAGACUGGUCUGUGUUUCCACCCCUCAGAUGGCUCUGGUUGCCCAGCUGAGGUGACCCAGACGUCUUUAGUGUGGUUCUGCUCUCCUCGUACCUCUUCCCAGUGGCUGGAUCACUGGACGCGACAUAGACUGAAGUGGUGGAGGAAAUUUGCCCUGUCUCCAUCAGACUUCAGCAGUAGUGAAGUCCCAGAGGAGGAACGCGAGGAGGCGGCGUCUCGUGGUGUGAGGAUCAUCUACAGCUUCCCAUGGGGACCGGAGCCCCUGGAGACGCUGUGGAGCAGAGGAAACACCGAGCUGCUGCAGACACACAAAGGUGUCCGUUCCAAACUACAAUGUCGAGAUAGCCGUAAGUCAGUUCCUCACGUCGUCUCAGUAACCGGGAACAUGGACCGCGGUGUGUUGGCCUUUCUAUCCAACUCACUCCAGCAUCUCAAGAAAGAAGACAGCAAGCAGAAGCUGCUGCAGAGAAAGGUUCUGAAGUUGCACCCAGUGUUGGCUCCAGUGAAAGUGGCUUUAGACAUUGGCAGGGGAGCCACUGUGGAGCUGAGGCAGGUUUGUGAAGGAUUGCUGCAGGAGUUUAUGGAGGCUAAGAUCUCUGCGUGGCCUGGGUAUCUUGAAACUCUGCCAAUGUCAAUGGAGCAGCUGAAUGCAAAGUACGAUGAGAUGGGAGUACUUUUCACUGUGGUGAUCAGUGAGAACACGUUGGAGAGCGGCCUCCUUCAAGUCCGCAGCAGAGACACCACCAUCAAAGAGACCAAGCACAUCUCUGAGAUCAAGAACUUUCUCUCCAGAUACAUUUCUGCUGCCGACAACAGCUGAAUGGACAUCUUUUGUUUUGGCAACUAAAAGAAAAGUCUGAAUAUUGUGAUGCUUCAGUUUAGCAUUCCUUCUAGGUACACAACUAUUGCACAUCUACAAGUCUACAAGUAUAUUUGGCUGAUGGGAGGGCAUUUUGUACCUCAUCUUUAAAGGCUAAGAAACUAUUUUUGUGACUGGUGAAAAGAAGAUGUGCGCAGUGUAACAUGUUGCUUAAAGUUUAUGUGCCCAUAGUGCAUGUUCCCCCAGAAUUUGAUUGGUUAUGAAGACUCUCACUCAUCCUUCAGCCUCCUCUCAGUACUUCCAACUGUCUGAAUUCAACAGGGUGGUAUUUACAUUGGAGAAGGAUUGGGAUAAAUGUUUGGUGUGUUUAUUUAUGUCUCAAUUUCUGAUCAAAUAUGUUAAAUGAUAAUAUUAAAUGACACUUUAAUAUUUGACUUUUUUGUUGUUGUGGCCCUUCUGCUCCCUGUUAAUUAUUGUAGAUUAAUUGAUUAUUAAAUUGAAUCAAUAUUUUUCUGGAGGUUCAAAGAUCAUUCUCGACCCUGGAAGAGUCUCACCUCAA